AUGACGUUGGCCUCGAAGUUGGUGACUAUCUGUCUAACGCGCACUUUACUAGACAUCAAGAACGGCGCCGGAACAGCGGCCGAUCUCUUCAUCAACGACUCUAUCCCCAACCCGAUCCCAUCUCCGACCCAGUGCCUUGUUCGGGUGAAGGCGUUCGGCAUAAACCGUGCUGAUACCGUACAGCGAAGUGGCUUCUAUCCGCCUCCCCCUGGAGCGUCCAAGAUCCUCGGCUUGGAGUUCAGCGGGGUCAUUGAAGCUGUUGGUAGUGAUCAAGCGUCGACUGGGACACAAUGGAAGACUGGAGACGAGGUGUUUGGGCUGGUGUACGGAGGAGCGUAUGCGGAGUAUGUUGAGGUGGAGAUGAAGCUGUUGAUAGCUAAGCCAGCAGACUGGAGCUGGGAGUAUGCUGCUGGCGUAUGCGAGAUUUGGUUCACUGCUCUGCAAGCAUUGUACGUGGUUGGAGGCUAUAACGCUGAUACCACACGGUCAGUUCUCUGGCAUGCCGGGGCAUCUUCGGUUUCUAUAGCAGGCAUCCAACUGUCCAGACUUGCCAACUCCCUACGGUCAGAUAUCCCAGCUCCCAAAGUGUUUGCUACAGCCCGCAGUGAUGAGAAAUCCAAUUUUUGCGUGGGGGAACUAUCUUGUUCAGGUGCAGUCAAUACCAACACGCACAGCAAAGACUGGGAUGAAGAGAUCAAGAGGCUGAAUGGUGGGCAGGGAGUUGACCUGAUUAUUGACUAUGUUGGGCCAACCUACUUCCAACAGAACCUGAAUGUGGCUGCAAGAGACGGCCGAAUUGUCUUGCUAGGUCUACUAUCUGGGUCUAUUUUGCCAGACCAGGUUGACAUCCGUCCAGUCCUGAUGAAAAGAUUGAAGUUUGAAGGGAGUACAUUGCGGUCAAGGGAUGUAAACUACCAAGCCAGGUUGCGUGAACUGUUCGAGGAGAAAGUCUUUCGCGGCCUAAAGACUGGAUUGUUUAAACAUGUCGUUGACUCGGUGUUCAAAUGGGAGGAUAUCCAGAAAGCACACGAGCUGGUCGAGGGUAACAAGACCAAGGGUAAGGUCGUUUGUACUAUCGAUUGGUAG